GAAAGCUACUAGCACAGAUCAGACACAGUUUUUUUCCAAGAUGAGCGUGGAGAUCCUGGACGGGAGGACGGUGCAGAGCUUCGUGGAGGACGAGGGCGCCUUCAACGCCUCCGUGGACGGCCGCUUCGCCGCCCUCGACGCCAACCACGACGGCCUGCUCUCCUACGCCGAGAUGGCCGCGGAGCUCAUGAGCCUCCGGGUCCUCGAGAAGCACUUCGGCGUCGACGAGGCCGGCAUCGUCGGUCCCGACGAGCUAGCGGGGCUCUACCGUGGCCUGUUCGCGCGCUUCGACCGAGACGGCGACGGUGCCGUGGACAAGAAGGAGUUCCGUGCGGAGAUGAAGGAGGUCAUGCUCGCCGUCGCCAGCGGGCUCGGGUUCCUGCCCGUGCAGAUGGUCGUCGAGGAAGGGAGCUUCCUCAAGGUGGCCGUGGACAGGGAGCUGGCGGCCGUGGACAGGGAGCUGGCCAAAGCUGCUUGACGGAAUUUUGUUUGUACUUGUACGACUAUACGUUGCAGAGUCUGCACUAGGCGUAAUGCUUUCUUUCUUCUUCUUCCAGACAAGAGAUGCGUAAUGCUGAAUGACAUUUCAGCCGUGUAAGGGUGAUUCUGUAUUCGCACUUUCGCAGAACCGUUAAGAUUUUCAUUCUAUGAAAUAGUUGCCUACCUGCUUGACAUUAAGAA